AUGUCGGAGCUCAACCUGCCUACGCUCCCGCAAACCAGCGCCUCCUCCUCCUCCUCCUCCUCCUCCUCUGGGCCCGGUGGCUGCCUGAAGGAGGCGGGUGGAGACGUGAGGACAGCUCCAGAUGUUUGUCCCUCACAUCUGUCCCCGGCCCCGUUGAUACCCAGGGACAGGAAACCGAGCGGACAGGAGCAGGAACCAGACGAGGACGGACACGAGGAGAAGAUGGUGAAACUUCUGGUUCAGCUGCUACUGACUCUGAGUCUGCAGGAGGCCGCUGCUGCAGGGAUGCUGAAGGUGGACGGGGCCCAGGACGGAGCUGCGGGCGGGGGGGACACCAUCAGCCACUCCCUGGCCCUGGUGCAGCGCCUGGAGGCCCUGCUGCUCCAGGGGAACGGCAGCGACGUGUCCCUGCGGGUGGAGACGCCGAGCGGGGACGAGGUGAAGAAGAUCCAGGCUCACUCCCUGGUGCUCUCCCUGCAGAGCCCCAUGUUCGAGGAGCUGCUGCUGAGCCGCAACAGCAGCACGCUGGUCCUGAAGGAGAACGCCGACUGUGCCGCGGUGUUCGACAAGUUCAUCAGGUAUCUGUACUGUGGAGAGCUGUCUCUGCGUCUGGACCAGGCCACGCCUCUGCACAAGCUGGCCUCCAAGUACCAGGUGCUGAGUCUCCAACAGGGCGUCACCCAGUACAUGACCCAGAACCUGGCCCGGGACUCGCCCUCGGGCCACGUGGCGGGCUGGUACGAGUACGCCGUGCUGGCCGGGGACGCGACCCUGCGGGACAGCUGCCUCCAGUACCUGGCCUGGAACCUGUCCUCGGUGCUGCAGAGCGGCGAGUGGGUGACCAUCAGCAGCCGGCUGCUCAUGGCCCUGCUGCAGCGCUCCGACCUCAUCCUGCAGAGCGAGAUGGAGCUGUUCGCCGCUCUGGAGGCCUGGAUCAUCCAGAACCAGCCGGACGGGCUGACGGCGGAGAACGCCCUGAGGGCCGUGCGUUACGCCAUGAUGCCUCCCAAGGAGCUGUUCCGCCUGCAGACCCAGUCCCCGGUGCUGGCCCGCUACCAGGAGUCGGUGCGGGACCUCCUCUACAUGUCCUACCAGUUCCACUCGGCCUCGCCGCUGCACAUGGCCAAGUACUUUGACGUGAACUGCAGCCUCUUCGUGCCCAGGAACUACCUGUCCUCCCUGUGGGGGGCGCCCUGGAUCAUCAACAACCCCACGAGAGACGACCGCAGCACCAGCUUCCAGACGCAGCUCGGGCCCAGCGGCCAUGACACCAGCAAGCGGGUGACCUGGAACGCCCUGUUCUCCCCCCGCUGGUUACCCCUCAGCAUGAGGCCCAUGUACACGGACUCGGGCGCCAUGCAGCCGACACGUGUGGAGGGGGGGCGCCCUCGCAUCAUCAUCACGCCUGCCACGUCCAGCGCUGACUUCGCCGGGGUGAACUUCCAGAAGACGGUGCUGGUGAUGGCCCGGCAGCAGGGGAAGCUGAUGGUGAGACACGUCUUCAACUUCCACCAGAGCACCGAGGAGAACGGAGACUUCCUGGCGGAGGCCGACCUUCACCGCCGGACGUCUGAAUACCUCAUCGACAGCUCGCUCUCCCUCCACAUCGUGGUGAAGCCGCUUUACCAAACCCUCAUCACCAUCAAGAACUGA